AUGGGGAUUGAAUCUCCAGGCUCUGAACCAACAGGUUCAUUGGGAUCUGUGGUUGAGCUUUCCUUGGAGUACUCUAAGAGAACCCGAAAAGUGGCGGUUGAAUUAGUUAUAGGGAUAUCGGAGAGCUUAGGUCUAGAAGAAAGCUACAUACACAAAGCCUUAGAUAUGGACUCAGGCUUACAGAUUUUUGUGGCGAAUCUGUACCCGCCUUGUCCACAGCCUAAACAUGCCAUGGGCAUCCCUCCUUACUCCGAUCAUGGCGUCUUAACCCUCCUCAUACAGAACGAAAUCGAAGGCCUACAAGUCCAGCAUAAUGGCAAGUGGGUCAAUGUCAAUCCCCUUCCCAACUCCUUUCUCGUUAACACUGCGCAUCACCUUGAGAUAUUGAGCAAUGGUAAGUACAAGAGUGUUCUGCAUAGAGCAGUUGUAAACAACAAAGCUACCCGAAUCUCCCUCGCCAUGGGCCAUGGACCGUCGCUCGAUACAGUUGUGGGUCCAACAAUGGAAUUAGUGAACAGUGAAACUCAUCCAGCUGCAUGUAUUCCGAUGAAGUAUAAAGACUAUUUAGAGAUGGAGCAGGUGGGUCCGGCAAUGGAAAUAAUGGACAGUGAAAAUCGUCUAGAUGCAUGCAUUCCGAUAAAGUAUAAAGACUAUCUAGAGAUGAAGCAAAACAACCAGCUUGAUGCCAAGUACGGCUUGGAAAGUGUUUAAAUUGUGUAAUUAAGCAAUUAAACCACUUGCAUUGCAUGCAUAUCUGUGUACACAUAUUUUCAAUAAAGCUGCAUGUACUCUCAUAAAAAAAAAAUGU